GAGUCUCCUACCAAAGCACAACACACGCACGGCACAAUACAAUACGAACGAAAAAACUCUCUCUCUCUCUCUCUCUCUCUCUCUCUCUCUCUCUCUCACACACACACACACACACAUUCACACCAAGCCCACUUCCAUGAUGGAAUAUUGAGUCCUGGUUUUACCAAGUCAUCUGCUUUUCCCUGUGCUAUGCUCUUAGCUCUCAACCAUUCCUGCUUUCUAGGGUUCUUCGAUUCUGAUUAGGCAAAUUAAAUGAGAUAGGAAUACUCAAAAACUCAAAUCCCUGCGAACCAUGCGGGAUUCUCGGGAGUUUCGUGCAGAGCAAGAACUCGUGAACUUGAAAUAUUUUCGAGUGGGUUUGUAGGGUUCGAGCUGUUUUAAAUAUUUGGGGUUUGGGUGAAGUUAUGGCAUCAUCUCAUGGCAGUACUCACUCAGACGCGGCAAGAAUGGAGCAAAUAAUAACUGAGUUCUUUGCAAAGAGUCUGCAGAUAAUACUUGAAUCAAGGUCCCCUUUUGUGUCAUCGCGUAAUUAUAGUGGAGACCAAGUCACGUCUUCUCCAUCCUCAUCCACAUCCUCCUCAUCAAGCGUGAGGCCGAGAGAUAAAUGGUUCAAUUUAGCGCUUCGAGAUUGCCCUGCGGCCCUGGAGAAUAUUGAUUUCUGGCGCCACAGCAACCUUGAACCGAUGGUGGUUGAUGUCAUUCUGGUGCAGCGACCAUUUGAUUGGGACCCGAUGAUUUGUUCCCCAAGAAUGGGUCUCGCUAGGAACACCUCUUUGAAGGAGUGCCUUCCAAAUUGCUGGAAUUCAGAGCAAGAAGAGUUUGGGUGUGAGGAGAGGAGUAAAAAGAUUAUAGAGAGAUGGAUAGUGCAGUAUGAGAAUCGGAAGAGCAGGGAUGGAAGUUCAGGGAGCAGGAGGUCAAGUGUUUUGCAAACUUUGUAUAAAAAAUCAAUAUUAUUGCUGAGAUCUUUGUAUCUAACUGUUAGGCUCUUACCUGCAUAUAAACUCUUCCGUGACCUGAAUUCAUCUGGCCAAAUUCAUACAUUUACGCUAGCUCCUCGAGUGUCAUCCUUUGUUGAGCCUUUCACUCGUAGAGAAGAUUCAGAAAUGCAGCGGUUUGGGUUCACCCCAGUGGAUACAUCAUGCGGUAGGCUUUGUCUUUCAGUGAUGUAUUGCUCCUCGCUCUCGGAUGUGAGCUCUGAACCCUCGACUCCUAUGACUCCGCGGUUUAUUCCGGAUUAUGUAGGAAGUCCGAUUGCUGAUCCAAUUAAGAGGUUCCCCUCUCUUCCAGUCAUGGGAUCCCCUUCCUCUCCAUUUUGGAGGCCUCAUAGCUGGAGUGAUGACCUUUUUAAAGCCUCACCAGCUUCCGCAGGUUCUUUGUUGCCCUCCCCCACACAUUCAGAAUCUCGUUCUUUGGUUUCUAACCCUAGUUCCCGCCGCUUCCCACCAAUGAGCAUGCCUGUUCACCCACCUGAAACAUCUAUAGUUCAUAACAAAAAUACAAGCUUUGAUGAAUAUUGGCCCUCCCCUACCUUUUCACCUUCCACUUCUCCAUCGCCACCAAUAUAUAUCCCUGGGAGUCAUCCAUCGAACGCUAUUUUGCGCUCUGAAAGUGCUCCAGUUAGGAUACCCUCAGCAAAGCUUGUUAAUUCCCCUCUAUUGUCCAACAAGCAAAUUUUGCCUCAGUCUCCUCCCCUCAAAGGUUCAAGACUUGGUAGUUCCAAGACUGAUAAACAUACAAGUUCAACUCAAACUGGUGCAACACUUGAGAAGUUCUUCUUUAUUGGGAAAGAUGAAUCUGGAAAAUUUUCUGGGGUCAAGACUUCAUGCAACAGCUCACCACGGAUUUCUGUUUCUAGAAGCUCCAGCAGGUUGUCUCUGCAGGAUGAUUUAGAUGAUUCUGAGUUUGCCUGCCCCUUUAUUGUGGAUGAUGAUGAUAUGACAGAUACAAGUAGCAGACCGGAAUCUUUUGAUCAAAGGGGACAUCUAUGCGAGCAAAUUGAGCCUGGAGGGUCAUUUCCUGUAAGGAAAUCACAACAUGCUGCUGUUGGUGCUCUUGUACGUAUGUUGAAGAAAGCCCCACCUCUCUGCCAAGGCUUCUCCAACUCAAAUUUGUCCCAAGCAUCCAAGCCUGAAUUCUGGUGUGAGAGCAUCCAAGAGUUCAAUCAGAUCUCUAAAGAGCCUGCGGUUCGGCAUGCUACUUCAAGUGUAAUAUCUUCUGGUUUUGUUAUGUCGAAAACAACAGCCGAUGCCUUGGAAGAGCUCCGAGGUUACAGAGAGAUGAAAGACUUGUUGCUUGUUAAAAGUGGUGGAUCACAGACAGGCUAAUUUUGCUUCUGCAGAGAAAACUUCCAGUAGAGGUAUGGCUGGGUUAUGAGCUUGCGUUUCCAGUGAAUCCUUUGCACAUAUGUGUAGCAUUUUGACUCUUAUGUCGUAGCUUUGUGUGUCAGCUUGAAGCACACGUACCGCGGUGCCAGUUCUAUUACUGUACAUAUCAGUGAGUAAAUAGUUGUUCAUACAUAAAGGCUAUAAAAUCUCUUCUUCUGUGCAAGAAAACAUAUGAAGGAAAGGGGUAUUUAUAAUUUGAUGGAAGGGCGCUGGUUUGAUGACUGAUGUAUAUAUUGACAUACUACUCAGGUAUCCUCCACCAUAAUCUUUAUGUAAGAGCAUGCCUUUCAGCCUCAGUUAAUCAUGCCUUCUUGCAAGGCUAUUUUAUUU